AUGUUCUCAGUAGGAAGUUGUAACCAGACUUAUCUUCUCUUGUUUGUUCUUGUCGUGAUGGGAGUGGCAUCACUUGAAGCGCCUUCAGCGUGUCCCUGUGAGGAGAAAUUUCUAGAACGCAUUCAGGACCUUGAAAGAAAAGUGAAUGAGAUGUACCUGGAUUCGGACAAACUAACCACGAAAAUGUUAGACACGAUUGAAUCUGUGGACAAACUACUGGCAUCUGGAGUAGCUGGGGUGGGCCCUCUAGCAGCCAAGCAGAGGCAGAUCGUAUCCUUCACCGUGAGGACCUCCAAGAAUUUGCCCUAUCUCUCGGAAUCAGAGGUCAUUAAGUUUGACGAUGUUCUUGUCAACAACGGGGGAGCUUACGAUAAACACACAGGCAUCUUUACCUCACCCGUGUCUGGUGUAUAUCUGUUCUCUGCCAGCAUCCUCUCAGGAUUCAACAGCACCAUCGAGACCAUGAUCACACUCAACGGUCAACACGACGUGUCCCGCAUCUACUCGGGCGCCUUCAAGAACAGGGGCUACGGUAGCAACACGGUCGUCUUGAAUCUACGUAAAGGCGAUGAGGUGUCCGUGGCCGUGUUCUACGGUAAUGGCAACUAUGUUCACGGGAAAUGGAGCACGUUUUGUGGCACUUUGCUAGAAACGUAUUAG